AUAUCCCUGAAAGGAUGCUUCAAAACUCCAGACUGGAGCCAGGCAGCGCGUGUGUCUGAGCUGGAGCUGAACGGAUCUACGAAUCUGCCCGGACUAAGCACUGGGACACAUUUUGAUUCUGCAGAACAAAACCCAGAUCUGAGAAGCGUUCUGGUUUUACCUGCUCACUGGAAACAUUUAACCAGGGCUGUCUGUAGCUCAGUGCGCUGCUGAGGGGGAGCCAAUUUGGAGAGGGAAGCGUUUAGAGAACACCUCUCCAGCGCUGAUUGGUUUUUUGUCUGAGGCUAAACUUUCAAAGCGGCGCCAUGGCACCGUUCAUUGAGCCUUUUUUGUUCUUUUUGGUCAUCUUCAAUCCACUUAUCACCAACUCUUUCACGGAAGAAAUUGAGGUUUUGGUGUUUUUGCCACAAAAUGGCUCUUUCCUGUUUUCUCAUGCAAGAGUCGCACCAGCGAUCCGUUACGCACAGGACAGACUGAAGGCAGAAUACCCAGGUUUCCACUUCAACAUCCACUUUGAGAACUCCGACUCAGCCAACCACGCUUUGUUCACGCUGGCGGACAGGUCGUGUAGCCUGAAACCGGACCUUAUCCUCGGUCCAGUACGUGAGUACGAGGCGGCAGGUGUGGUGAGGCUGGCAUCCCACUGGAAAAUCCCGGUGAUAUCUGCAGGUGCUUUGGCCACCGCCUUCAAGAACAAGGAGACGGAGUACUCUCACCUGACUCGGAUCGCCCCGUCCUACUUUAAAAUGGCAGAGACCUUCACAGCGAUGUUCGAGCACUUCACAUGGAAGAGCGCACUGCUGCUAAUCGAAGACGACAUGAAGGAGCGGGAUUGUUACUUCACUUUGGAGGGAGUCUACCAUUUAAUGGACGACUAUAAUGUGGAAGUUGAAAUAAUCCAUGAACAGACCCCUUUCAAUAUAGAAGAAAAAUUCAAGAAUAAUCAGGACAUGGAAGUGGUGAUCAUGUGCGCUGGAGCAGACAGGAUUCGAGAAAUCAUGCUUGCAGCACACAAGCAGCAGCUGACCAAUGGCAGUUAUAUGUUUUUUAAUGUUAAUCUCUUCAAUGUCUCUUCGUAUGGCAAUGGCUCUUGGAAGAGGGAGGAUGAGUUUGACGACGAUGCCAGACAAGCCUAUGCCUCCCUAAACACAGUGACACUACUCAGAACAGUCAAGCCAGAGUAUGAGAACUUCUCCAUGGAGAUGAAAAGAUCCAUAGAGGGACUUGGCCUUCACGACUGCAAUGACUGUGGAAAUGUUAACAUGUUUGUUGAAGGAUUCCAUGAUGCCAUGGUGCUAUAUUCCAUUGCGUUACAUGAAGGCAUGAAGAAUGGAUACUCAAAGACAAACGGUACUGAGAUAACCUCACACAUGUGGAACAGAACUUUUGAAGGAAUUGCUGGCCAGGUAUCCAUAGAUGUCAAUGGUGAUAGAGUCGGCGAUUUCUCUUUGAUGGCUAUGACCAAUAUUGAAGCAGGUAGCUAUGAGGUGGUAGUCAACUACUUUGGGGAAAAUAAAACUUUUCAGCUGUUGCCUGCCUUCAACACUGAUCGUUUCACUCUGAAAAGAAGAAAGGAAGUCCCAAAAAAAGAAAAAGAAGUGGAAAAUCAUUCAUGUGGACUGGGAGUAUCAGCCUUAACUGGAGUCACGGUUGGAGCUGUUCUUGGAGCUCUAAUGCUGAUAGCAUUCUACUUUUUCAGAAAAAACUACAGGAUAACUAUUCAGCGGCGUACACGUGUUGAAGAGUCUGAAUCCAUGAAGCACCAUCAGUUACGAGAGGACUCCAUAAGAUCAAACUUCUCAGCAGCUUAAGGACGAGUCCUGACAGAAGAUUAUAUAUGUGAAUGUGGAUAAAGUUUUUACUGUAUUUUUCAGUGAUUCCAUAUCCGCUGCAAUUUGACAUUUUUUGUUGUAUUUAGGACAGAUUUAUUUUUUAGAACCUGGGACUGUUUUGACAGGUACACACCACAGUCACCUUAGACUUUCCUUAAACACACAAAGAUAAAGUUUGUGUACUGAAGAGUGCUCUAUGAAAAAAAGGUUUUCCUUUUGUGUAUGUGUGUGUUUUCCAUUGCUCAGGUUUUCAGUUUAUGAUAUUAUUAGAAUUUCUUUCUCUCUCUUAUUCUGGUGUAUUGCUCCUGAAAUAUAUUUUAUAAUACACAGAUUUAUUCUCUUCAACUGACUGUUUAAUAAAUUAAAAUUACACUGCCUGUUUCAAACUACAAAAUGUCUAUAUUUAUUUAUUUGCUUAUAGUAAAACUGUAUUGGAACUAACUUGGUUAUUUUAUGGACCUUACCAAGCUCCGCCCACAACCGACCCAUUGUCAUCAAGCAAGGAACAAGUAAUUUCUUUUCUUUUCUUUUUUUUUUUUUUUGCUUUGCUGAUCCAACAGUUAGACAGAUGCCCUAAACUACAGAUACAGCAACACAAAAAUUGCCAUUCUAGAAAUAAAAAUUUAGGAAAUUGUGGUUUGUACAAAGAGAAAAUUAUGCAGUAGUUGUGCGGUCUCACAGUAUAAGUGUUAUUAGCUUCAUUUUCAGAGAGUGGCAUUUAUUGAUUCUCCAAAGCUUGUUUGAGUGUUCUCCGGUUGCUCCUGUUAAACUAUGAUUCACUUACAGUUAAAAUAACCCCAGUCACCUAAACCCCAGCCCUAACAAACCUCUCUGAAGAGUUAUUUUUGAGUCAUACAUAAUAAAUUUGUGACUCAAAAAUGUGGUGAAUAGGCCUGUCACGAUUAAUUGCUGAGCGAUUAAUUGUCUCAAAAAAUUAUUGCGAUAAACGAUAAUA